AUGCUUCCACUGCAGGGGAAUGUGACCGGUGCGAAAGAUCUUGUUGAAAAUUGCAGCCAGAUUAGAUAUGAUACAAGAGGCUCCCCGAUAUCCCCAAGUAACGUUCCUGCUUGUUUGGCGGCGAGCUCAGGCUUCUGGAAGACGCGGUACACACUGCUGGUGCUGAACCUGGUGGGGCUGGCCAUCAGCUACGCGACCCGCGUCAACCUGUCCAUGGCCAUCGUCGACAUGGUCAACAACACGGCGCUGCGCGAAAUCUACUCCUCUGAAGUGGACACGGAACUGGAGAAUCUGGGCAUAGCCGACUGGGCUGACCGCAAGGACGGGCAUUUCAUCUGGGACAGACAGGAGCAAGGAGAGCUGCUGGCUGCCUACUACUAUGGUUACGCGGCGGGCCACAUCCCCGGGGGCGUGAUGGCCGACCGUUUCGGAGGCGUGUUCGGAGGGACGCUGAUAUCGAUGGCGCUGACGGGCGCGCUGUGCGUGACGUCUGUGGGCUGGCCGCUGGCCUUCUACUUCUUCGGCGGCGUCGGCCUGCUGUGGUGCCUGCCCUGGUGCUUCUACGUCGCGGACUCCCCGGCCCAGCACAGGCACAUCGACCCGGCGGAGCGCUACUUCAUAGAGGCCAACAUACAGUCCAGCGCCAAGAAAAAACUGCCGAUUCCCUGGAAGAGCAUCUUGACGUCUCCAGUGCUGUGGGCCUUCGCUGCACUCUUUGUCACCUUGGACUGGACGUAUUACCUCCUGAUCACGUCGCUGCCACAAUACGUCGCCAACGUCCUGCACUUCAACAUAGAAAGUAAUGGGCUGCUGUCCGCCAUUCCACAAAUAGCCGCGGUGGUAGGGAGCCUGCUCUUCGGCUGGCUCGGCGACCCGUGGUUCCGGAAGGGCUACAUAUCCAAGCUCAACGGGUUCCGCCUCAUAAACGGACUGAACACUCUGGUGCCGGCCGCUACGCUGAUCGUGGUGACUCUCGUGGACGACACAGCCGUGGUCGUGACUAUGCUGGCCAUCAGCGGCUUCUGCCUGUCCACCUACUGCGCGGGGCCCUACAUGAACAUGCAGACGACCACGCCCAACUACUCGGGCACCGUGACGGGCAUCGUCAACAGCAUCGCCAACCUGACGGGCAUCGCAGUCCCUUACGUUGUCGGAGCCUUCACGAAUGCCGAUAGGACGCGAUCAGGAUGGGACGCGGUGUUCUACAUGUCAGCAGGCCUGGCCGUGGCGGGCUACACCAUUUACGCCACGUGCACCAGAGCUGAGGAGCAGCCAUGGAACACGCCCCCUCCAGAUGAGCAACCCAAAGAAAACUGCGAAAGAGGAAUCGACAACAUGAUCUUCGAUGGUGAUCAGAGAUCUCCGAGCUCUUCUAUUAAAGCCAACCAUCACACUGUAGAAAAUACCACGACGUCUUCUAUUACAACGAACCAGCACACUGAAGACAGUACCACAUCCUCUCCUAUUAAAGCCAACCAGCACGCUGUAGACAGUACGUCUGUACCUGUUGUUUAG